UCCCGAUGGCGCGGCGCUGAGGGAGCCGAGCCCGUCCCCGUCCUCGUCCCCGCUCCCCGGGCAGGCAGCGGCAGCGGGCGGUGCCGGCGCGGGGCUCUGCACUGAUUCACUGCGGGGCUUGCGUGGGGCGAAGCCGGCUGGUACUUUUCUCCAAUGGUCCAAAGCGACAUGUCCAAAUCGCCUCCCACUCCGGCGGCGGCGGCGGCGCAGGAGCUGCAGAUGGAGCUGCUGGACAACCCCCCACCCGCCGCAACAGCAGCGCAGUCUUACGGAAAAGGUGCAAGAAGAAAAAACCGAUUUAAAGGAUCAGAUGGGAGUACAUCUUCUGACACUACCUCUAAUAGUUUUGUACGUCAGGGUUCGGCGGACUCCUACACUAGCCGUCCAUCUGAUUCAGAUGUAUCUCUGGAGGAAGACAGGGAGGCAGUGCGGAGAGAGGCAGAGCGGCAGGCCCAGGCACAGCUGGAAAAAGCAAAGACAAAACCUGUUGCAUUUGCAGUCCGGACCAAUGUCGGCUAUAGUGCAGGACAUGAUGAUGACGUCCCAGUUCCAGGCAUGGCCAUUUCAUUUGAAGCAAAAGAUUUUCUUCAUGUUAAAGAAAAGUUUAACAAUGACUGGUGGAUAGGACGGUUGGUAAAAGAAGGCUGUGAAAUAGGAUUCAUACCAAGUCCAGUCAAAUUAGAAAACAUGAGGAUACAGCAUGAACAAAGGGCAAAGCAAGGAAAAUUCUACUCCAGUAAAUCAGGAGGAAAUUCAUCAUCCAGUUUGGGUGACAUAGUCCCUAGUUCCAGAAAAUCAACACCUCCAUCAUCUGCUAUAGACAUAGAUGCCACUGGCUUAGAUGCAGAAGAAAAUGAUAUUCCAGCAAACCAUCGCUCCCCCAAACCCAGUGCAAACAGUGUAACAUCACCCCACUCCAAAGAGAAAAGAAUGCCCUUCUUUAAGAAGACAGAGCACAUCCCUCCCUAUGAUGUAGUGCCUUCUAUGCGACCAGUCGUUUUAGUGGGGCCUUCUUUGAAGGGAUAUGAGGUGACAGAUAUGAUGCAAAAAGCAUUAUUUGAUUUUUUAAAACACAGAUUUGAAGGGCGUAUAUCAAUCACACGGGUCACAGCAGACAUCUCGCUUGCCAAACGCUCCGUAUUAAAUAAUCCUAGUAAGCAUGCGAUAAUAGAACGGUCUAACACAAGAUCAAGCUUAGCUGAAGUUCAGAGUGAAAUUGAACGGAUAUUUGAAUUAGCAAGGACAUUGCAGCUGGUAGUACUUGAUGCCGAUACCAUUAAUCAUCCAGCUCAACUAAGUAAAACCUCUCUGGCUCCCAUUAUAGUAUAUGUAAAGAUUUCUUCUCCCAAGGUUUUACAGAGGCUAAUAAAAUCUCGAGGGAAAUCUCAGGCUAAACACCUUAAUGUUCAAAUGGUGGCAGCUGAUAAACUGGCUCAAUGUCCUCCAGAAAUGUUUGAUGUAAUUCUGGAUGAGAACCAGCUUGAAGAUGCCUGUGAGCACCUGGCUGACUAUCUGGAAGCCUACUGGAAGGCCACCCAUCCUCCUUGCAGCAAUCCUCCCAACCAACUCCUCACUCGCACACUUGCAACAGCCACUCUUCCUAUCAGCCCAGGUCCAAACAUAAAUUUACAGGGCUCUCAAGGAGAUCAGAGGAAUGACCAUUCAGCCCCAGAACGAACUGGCUCACAAGUUGAAGAGGAAGCACGGAUUGAACCCACAAAGAAAUUUCCACAUCGUUCAUCUUCCUCAGCACAACACCAUAACCAUCGCAGUGGUGUUAGCCGAGGCCUGUCUAGGCAAGAAACGUUUGACUCAGAAACCCAAGACAGCAGAGAUUCAGCUUACAUAGAACCAAAGGAAGAGUACUCACAUGAGCAUGGUGACCACAAUGAUUCUCACAGGGAUCACAGUCAUAGAGACGAGUCACAUGGGAGCAGUGAUCACAGACAUAGGGAAUCAAGGCAUCGCUCAAAGGAAAGGGACCGAGAGCAGGACCACAACGAAUGCAAUAAACAACGCAGUCGUCAUAAAUCAAGGGACCAAUAUUGUGACAAGGAUGGGGAAGUGAUAUCUAGAAAACGCAAUGACACAGGAGACUGGAACAGGGAUGUAUACAUCCGCUAGUAACUUUGGCCUCUGGCAGUUUUGUGUUUCUUUGAAGUCUUGUAUAACAACGCCCCUUGAAAAUAUCUUUGGGUUCUUCAUUGCAGAACAUAUGGUAUCCUUCUGUAUGCUGAUUUGUAUUGCUGUUGCUUGCAUAGCAAUAGCAUGAAAUAGAAUAUUCAUAUACUUAUUUUUUUGAUUAGUGCUAUAUAAAUUGGCAUAGUACAACUGCAGAACUCCUAAUGUUGUACUGGGCUUUUUUCAAGCUGUUUUUGGUAGCAGCCACUUGAACAAUAUCUGUUGCCAUCAAGGUGGUGUUAGUGUUUUAAAACAAGGUACAGUUGAUGUUUAAUAACCUCCCGUGUAUUCAGCAAGCCAGAAUCAGCACAUACAAAACUGAAACUCAUGUUUUGAUUUUUAAUUUGUAUGCACUUGAUUUGCAUAUUGAUUUAAGAGCCACUAUCUGUUGCUUGUACCUCUAGUGGACUCCAUUUGGGGACAGAAUUCAGUCUUGCCUUACACACAGGGAAUCAUAAAGUCAAAAUCUAUUUUCUAUGUACUGGUACUGUGUACUGUAUAUACAGUUUAUAAAUGUUAUUUCUGCAGACACCUUCUUACUGUAUAAGUUUGACCACACUGUUUUAGAGUCCUAAUGCCAAGUCAGCAGAUUUGCUUUUGAAUUACUGGCAACUGGAACUAGCCUCAUUCAGGAAAUUUGUAAGUGUUCAAUCUAGACAUUUUUUUCUUCUGUAACUGAAAGCUUGUUCUACUGUAAAUAUGAAUGUAUGAAUACUUGAGAUAAAAGGUUUGAUUCCUAUAUUUUAUGCUGUUCUUGCAAACUUAUAAUUUUGCAUUUUAAAUUGAUAACAAUCACUAACCUAGCACUAUCAAUUGUUCUACACACUUCACACAAAUUGUAAUGGACACACUCUAUUUUUUGUCUUAAUGUCAGAAUGGUGGAGCAUACAUCAUAAGGAGAGGGGGUGCGGAUCUAGUGAAGGAAAUAAGCGAUUACGCAAAAUUCCAACCAGUCAGUUUCUUUAUUCUAUCUGUUAUUUUCAAAAUCUGAAUUGCAGUCAGGGAACAUGAGGCAGUUUACUGCUACACGUAAUUGGGAAAGCAUAAAUCUGCUGGCUGUUUGUUGAGACUCCAGGAGAGUAAAAACACGGGCAAAUGUUACUGUAAGUGUUUCACUGGAAAUGUAAAAUCUUUGUGUUUUAGAGUAUUUGUUUUAGUAAGAAAAGUUUACACAGCUUGUGGAGAGUUAUUUUGUUGGAAAAUAAAUUUUUUUGUAGCUUC